CCCGGCCUUUUGUUCAGUUGAGAGAAGCAUCAGGACAAGAUGUUGCUCGUGUCUAGAACCUGAUGUGACAGGCUAAACAACAUUUUCCUAAGCUGUCUGUGCCCCAAUGCCUAGAACCUGAAUAUGCCACCUUACAUGGUCAAAGGGACCCUGCAGAUGCACUUAAGUUAAAGGUCUUGAGAGGGAAUGUUAGUCUAGAUUAUCUGGGUGGGUGGCCCUAAAAUGUCACAAAGUUCCUUUGAAACACAAUGCAGAAAGAUCAGAGUUAGAGAGAAGUGGUAAAGAUGGAAGUGGGGGCCAGAGAAAAGGGAAAAAUCAACCUGGCUGGCUUUGAGAUGGAGGAGGGAGGGGCUGUGACCCAGAGAACGCAGGUCCCUCCGGGAGCUGGCACGGGGAAGUAACUCAAUGCUCGGGACCCUCCGAUGGAUCACAAACCCAUCUUAGACUACUGACCUCCUGGGGGAGUUCCAAGAGAAAAAACAGGUGUUUCUUCGAUCUGGUGAGUUUGUGGUAUUUGUUAACACGUCAAGAGGACACUAACUACUACAAUUCAGCAGAGGGCAGGGCUAGAAUAGAGUAUGAAGAUGUGAGUCACAGGCCCAAAGGUGUCACCCGGCCUUUAAUUGGUUAAAGCAAUCACGAGGCCAGCCUGAGCCAAAGGAUGCAGAAACACCUCACUCUCCAGCUGUUGUUUUGGUUUUCUUGAGGCAGGGUUUCUCUGUGCGGUCCUGGCUCUCCUGGAGCUUGCUCUGUAGACCAGGCUGGCCUCAAACUCAGAGAUCUACCUACUCCCGCUUCUCGAGUGCUGGGAUUAAAGGCGUGUGCCAGCACCUCCCACUUCCUGGUGGGAGUCCACUAGGAAGGAGCAGACAAAUGGAGGGGUAGAGAAAUGACAUGUAUUUACAGAUAGUCUGCUCUCUGACCUCUAAGCAAUUUCUGAACCUGGUCUCUUUUUUAUUUCUAGGGACACAGGGAGUAUGAGGCUCUGGACCUGGGGCACUAGUAUCUUCCUAAGGUUUUGGGGGAUAUAUGUGUUUCCAGGAAGUACUGGCUGGCUGGACUUUAUCCAGCAUCUGGGAGUUUGCUGCUUUGUGGCUUUCCUCUCAGUGAGCCUCCUGUCAGCAGCCUGCUACUGGGUCCUCCCACCAGUCGCCUCAGUCGCCGGGCUCUCUACCGUCUGGACGAUCCUCUCUAUUUUUCUGUGCUGUUCUAAGCAUGCGCGGUGUUUCAUUCUUCUGGCCUUUCUCUCCUGCGGCCUCCGCGAAGGCAGAAACGCUUUGAUUGCGGCAGGCACCGGGGUAGUGAUCUUCGGACACGUGGAAAAUAUGUUUCAUAACUUCAGAGGUCUCCUGGACGGCAUGACUUGCAACCUCAGGGCGAAGAGCUUUUCAAUACAUUUUCCACUUUUAACACGAUAUAGUGAAGCCCUUCGGUGGAUUUAUGGCCUCGCCACUCCGCUGAAUCUGUUUGAUGACCUCGUUUCUUGGAACCAGACUCUAGUGGUCUCCCUUUUCAGUCCCAGCCGUACCCUGGAGGCUCAUAUCAAUGACACUAAAGGAGAAGUCCUGGGUGCCCUGUCCCAUAUGGUAGCCACGACAGAGCUUCUGUCUUCCUUGGGCCAGAAGCUUCUUGCCCUCACCGGGCUUCUGCUCAUUCUAGUCAGCACUGGCCUCUUCAUGAAACGAUUCCUGGGCCCUUGUGGCUGGAAGUACGAGAACGUCUAUAUCACCAGACAAUUUGUUCAGUUUGAUGAAAAGGAGAGGAACCAACAGGGGCCCUGUGUCCUCCCUCUGAACAAGAAGGAAAGGAAGAACUACAUCAUCAUCCCAUCUCUGCAGCUGACUCCCAAAGACAGGAAAAAACUGGGGCUGUUUUUCCUUCCCAUCCUGACCCAUCUCUACAUGUGGGUGCUGUUCGCAGCUGUGGAUUAUCUGCUGUACCGACUCAUUUCCUCCGUGAGCAAGCAGUUCCAAAGCUUGCCAGGGCUUGAAGUUCACUUGAAACUGCAUGGAGAGAGGCAAGGAACUCAAGACAUCAUCCAUGAUUCUUCCUUUAAUAUAUCUAUGUUUGAAGCCAGCUGCAUCCCUAAACCACGGCUCAGUGUGUCUGAGACUUGGGUUCCUCUCAGCAUUAUUCUUGUAACACUAAUAGUCCUAGGACUGUUGUCUUCCAUGCUGAUGCAGCUUAAAAUUCUGGUGUCAGGAUCCUUCUACCCUGGAGUGGAGAGGGAGCGAAUCCAAUACCUCCAUGCAAAGCUCCUUAAGAAAAGAUCAAAGCCGCCACCGGGAGAAGCUGAAAGGAAACUGAGUCUGUACUUUAAGAAGAUUCAUUUCUGGCUUCCCAUCUUGACAAUGAUUAGGAAGAAACAUAUGAACCCUUCAGAUGAAGCUGACCCGUGAGAAACAUGGAGUCCCUCUUCCUGGGUCAGCUGCUGCUGCUCACUGUCUGCUCAACAAUAGAGGACUAUAUGAGAUGUUGGAGUUUACGGGGCCCCUUUCCUCUCUGGUUAUUUUUUAAGCUACUUGUCCAUCAUAAUGGCAAAUGGCUCCCAGAUCAACGGUUUUUCAGUCUAUCUUCCAAACUAAACCCAGUAUCUAGACUGUACCUCAGCUAAAGCGACUGUGACAGCUGAGAUGGAAGUGUCCUCCAGAGGUUCGGGUGUUUGGAGACUUAGUCCUCAAUUGAUGGUGCUAUUUGGGGGAGGCUUAAGAGAUAUGGCCUGGGGGAUAAAGUGUGUCACUGGAGGAGAGCGUUGCAGUUUUAUAAGCUAUGCAUCAAUUCCUGUUCACUCUGCUUCCUGCUUGUGGCUGGAGAUGUGAGCUCUCAGUUAGCUGGUCCUGCCUUCAUGUUUGCCCAUCACCACAAUUCCCCACUGUGACGGUGAUGGAGCCGUAUCUCUCUGGAACUUUGAGUCCGAAUAAACCCUUCCUCCUGCAAA